AUGUUCUACACCAUUCGAUGGUCUGUCUGGGGCCAGCAGAUUUGGGCUCUUGUGGGUGCCGUAGCUGCACUUACUACGAUGGCGAUCCUCCUCGGCAAAUUCAACAACCGGCCUGUUUUCAACCAGAUGGGAGUUACGCUCAAUGCCAUUAUCUCUGUGCUUUCGGUCGCAGUAAAAGCUGCUGUGGCUUUCGUUCUCUCAGAAUGUAUGGCUCAAUGGAAAUGGAUUCUGUACGCUAGGGAAGACAGGCUCAUGAUCGAUUUCGAUCGACUCGACGGGGCUGCACGUGGUCCUUUGGGCAGCCUGAGGGUGCUGUCGAGAACAAAAGGAGCGCCUAUUGCCCAAUUUGGGGCUGUCCUGACCAUAGUUGCCCUCGCCCUAGAUCCUUUUGCCCAGCAGCUACUUAGACUUCGCGAAGCUAUCGUUCUGGAAUUCCACAAGCUUUGGUCCGUCGUCACCAAGAACCCUCUCGAGAUCGUAAAAGCCUCAAAGGAAGACGAUUGGCAGAUGCAGUCCUCAAGAAACCAGGUGACGAUCCAGUCGGAAUCUGUCAAAUCAAUUAGCGCCUACAUCCAAACUCUGUUUCGAUGGGAGCCCUGGUUCAACGAUACUAAAGUUCGCGCUCAGCUUAGCCGUCUUGAGGGCAUGGAAAAUGCUGUCGGCUUCAACGGCGCAUCGUUUGGACCAGUCACGUCCCUCUAUGCCGCAGCCCAGCCACCGGCGUUGAACAGGCUGGUGUCACUUAGCCGGUCCGACUUUGCGGGCGUCUCCGCAGUCUUCGAAUCCAUGGCUAUGAGCAUGACGAAUGAGAUCAGGCGGACCCACGAGGACGCCGACGUCGCUCGCAAUGGAAUGAACACCAUGACCUAUGAAGGGCUGGUGGGCAGCACUGUUGUGUUGUACGAGGUCAAGUGGCAGUGGAUAGCAUUGCAUGUUACUGUACUGACAUUGGCCUGCACGUUGAUGUUGAUGACGAUCAUCAACACGAGAAGCAACGUAGAUGUGCCGUUGUGGAAGAGUAGCUCACUGGCGGCCCUUCGGCGUGGAAACGACAUCGGCGGGUUGCUAAAGGACUCUGGCAAGUCUGUGGCCGACAUGGAGGACGCAGCGAGGAAGAUGUACAUGAGUGGACGCCGCAUUGACGUCGACGAGACUAAGUAUCAGGGAAAGCAGUAUUCGAAUCUCGUGGAGAGCGAGAGAGCCUGGCAAAUCGAUCUGAGUGAGGGAUUAGCUGAGACGUCGACAACAGAUACUGUCGAAGAGCGGUUUGAACCCCCAAGCCCAGCGUCGUUCCAUGACCAAGGGUUGGAGAUGGCUCCUAGAACAUAUUCCCACACAUUCUAG